UCAAAACGAGGCUAAGCACAUUUUCAAAAUGGCGACCUCGAAGAGUGCAAAUACUUAUAACAGACAAAACUGGGAAGAUGCCGAAUUUCCAAUAUUAUGUCAAACCUGUCUUGGUGACAAUCCUUACAUUCGUAUGACAAGAGAAACUCAUGGUAGAGAAUGCAAAAUAUGUGCCAGACCUUUYACCAUAUUCCGCUGGUGUCCAGGAGCCAAAAUGAGAUUCAAAAAAACAGAAAUUUGUCAGACAUGCUCAAAGCUAAAGAAUGUUUGUCAAACUUGUCUUCUUGAUUUAGAGUAUGGUCUUCCAGUACAAGUUAGAGAUAAGUCCUUAGGUCUUAAAGAUGAUAUACCAAAGUCAGAUGUCAAUAAGGAGUACUAUACACAGAACAUAGAAAGACAGCUUGGGGAUUCAGAUGGAACUACUCCUGGAGGUGCUCUGGGCAAAGCCAAUGCACCAAGUGAUCUUUUAAUGAAACUUGCAAGAACAACACCAUAUUACAAGAGAAAUAGACCUCAUAUCUGUUCAUUUUGGGUUAAAGGGGAGUGUAAAAGAGGAGAAGAAUGCCCUUACAGACACGAUAUGCCCACCGACCCCAAUGAYCCACUUGCUGACCAAAACAUCAAAGACCGUUACUAUGGYGUCAAUGAUCCUGUUGCCAACAAGCUUCUCAACCAGGCCUCCAGUAUGCCGUCACUAGAUACUCCCUCUGAUAGGUCAAUAACUACACUUUAUGUUGGUGGUUUAGAGGGGAAAGUCACAGAACAAGAUUUAAGAGAUUACUUUUACCAGUUUGGUGAAUUAAGGUCAAUAACAAUGGUACCAAGACAAAACUGUGCAUUUGUGUGCUUCGCGUCUCGUAAUUCAGCUGAAACUGCUGCAGAACACUCCUUCAACAAGCUGAUUCUCAAAGGUCGAAGGUUAAAGAUUAUGUGGGGUAAAGCACAAGGGCAACAGCCAACUCCUGGACAUAAAGGUGGUGCCAAUCUGACACCUGUUCCUGGACUACCUGGUGCUCUCCCACCUCCACCAGGAAAUGACAAAGACCAGGAAGCAAACUUCUUUAAUCUAGAAWCAAAUCAUACCAUCCCGCCACCACCUACAUCAGGAGCUCGACCGCCACCRCCACAACCACCACCAAACCUCCCUCCUCCUCCAGGACAACGACACAGAAUGCCWCCACCUCCUCCCAUGAGAAUGCCAGGUGGUAUGCAUCCUCCUCCCCCUGGUUUCCUCCCACCACCUCCAUUUGGGCCCCCGCCUCCAUUUGGACCCCCACCACCCUUCUAUCARGGACCUCCACCACCUAGAGGGGGGCCUCCACCUCGACCAAGGCCGCCACCUGUUCAYUAUCCAUCGCAGGACCCCCAAAGACUUGGUACUUCUAAAGGAUCUCAACAGCAAGAGCCAGAUAAGACCAAAACCUCCAGUACUUGAAUUUCUUCAAUAUUUUAUAGUUUUACUGCAUGAUAUUGGGGAGGGGUUUGGUGGAGUUAAAAUAYGAAUAUUUAUGAAGUUAAGUUUAAUAUAAGUCGAARCAUAGACGCUUAUUGUAAACGGGCAUUCGUUUUUUUCAUCCAAACUUUCGAUUUUUUCAUUAAACCUUUCUCUGGAAGACGAUCCAYUGCAACUCGAAUGGAUAGCGCAUAUCAAUUCACUCCACCCUCCCCUCCCUCUUCAGUUAAAGUGGUUCUUGAACCCUGGGUCGAAAAGAUGGUAAAGCGCGAUUUUAUUUCGAAUCUUCAUGUAGUGUUUACUACUAUUCGCUUGCCCUAUAUAUAACUGGAAAACGUUUUUUAUUAUAAAGCAGUCAGUAUUGCAAGUUUGUACAGUAAUAACUACAAAUAAUUACCAUGACCAAACUGUACAGAGGGAAAACCAUCCAACGAAUAAAAAGUUUUCACUGUGUAGGUUUCUAUGGAUUUCUACAUUGGAUGUCGUGAUUCGCCUUUCGUACAACCGGACCUAAAACUUUGUAAGGAAGUAAAAUCUCAAUCAUUCUAAAAAUAAAUGCAGUUUAUAAUACGAAAAUUCAAGAUUAAAACAAUGUAAAUUUG